UAAGCAGCACAUUUGACCCUGUGCUGUUUGCCAUGAUGCUCAACUAGACAUCCGGGCAGUGUGUAUGGAAGAUGGCGACACUUAUCCUCCCCGGUGAAUGGAUCAAAAACUGGGAAAAAUCAGGAAAGCACGAGUUCGUGCAACUCUGCAAGGAGCUGACAGAGAAAACCGAUCAUGGAAAUGAAAUUAAAGAUAUCCAGGCCGCCCUUUAUGAGAUCUGCUCGCAGGUUGUCGAGGGUAACCUGAAAAUUGAUCUGGUGUCCUCUGUCCUCGGGGAAAUGAUGGAACUCAGAGACGACUUGCCAUCGAUUUUAGCAGAUGUGUUCUGUAUACUAGAUUUAGAAACUGGCGCACUAGAAGAAAAGAACAAACGGGACCAUUAUACUCAUCUAGUGGGAGCCUGUUUGUCUUUUGUACCAGAGGUCAUCCUGAAAGAAAGGCUGGACCCCGAAACCCUGGAAUCCCUUGGACUGAUUAAACAAGCUCAUCAGUUCAAUCAGAAGAUAGUAAAGAUCAAGACUAAACUAUUUUACAAACAGCAGAAGUUUAACUUGCUACGGGAGGAGAACGAGGGCUACGCCAAACUGAUCACUGAGCUCGGCCAAGACCUGUCAGGCAACAUCACCAGCAACCUCGUCCUGGAGAGUAUAAAGUCCCUCAUCGGCUGCUUCAACUUAGACCCUAAUCGUGUGUUGGACAUCAUCUUGGAGGUGUACGAGAGCCGGUCCGACCAGGACGAGUUCUUCCUGUCCCUCAUCAAGUCCUACAUGUGUGAGCCAAUCACCAUUUGCCAUAUUCUGGGCUUCAAGUUCAAGUUCUACCAGGAGCCCAACGAGGAAACCCCAAAGUCACUUUACCACAUUGCUGCUGCUCUCCUGCACCACAACCUAGUAGAGCUGGAGGAUCUCUAUGUACAUCUUAUGCCAGUAGAUGCCACCAUCGUGGAGGAGCACAAGCGAGAGAUUUCAGAGGCCAAGCAGAUCGCUCGCAAGCUGGUUACAGUCUUGCUUCCCUCAGAGAAGAGCGAGGACAAGGAGAAGGAGAAGGAGAAGGAAGAGGAGAAGAACGAAAAGCCACCUGACAACCAGAAGCUCGGCCUUUUGGAGGCACUGCUCAGGAUUGGAGACUGGCACCAUGCCCAGAGCAUUAUGGACCAGAUGCCUUCUUUUUAUGCCACGUCUCACAAGGCCAUCGCGCUGGCGCUUUGCCAACUUGUACACCUGACCGUGGAGCCUCUUUACAGAAGAGCCGGCGUUCCGAAGGGAGCAAAGGGCUGUGCGAUGCAGCCCCUGAAGAACAAGCGGGCUCCUCAGCCCACGGAGAGCUUUGAGGAUCUGCGGAAGGAUACGUUCAGCAUGCUCUGCUACCUGGGCCCUCACCUCUCCCACGACCCCGUCCUCUUUGCCAAGAUCGUGCGCCUGGGCAAGGCCUUCAUGAAAGAGUAUCAAACUGAUGGCAGACCUGAAAUGAAAGACAGGCUGGAAAUACUGUUGAGCUGUUUCCUGAGCAUCGCAGAUCAGGUGCUGCUGCCCUCUCUCUCUUUAAUGGAGUGCAACGCCUGCAUGUCUGAGGAACUGUGGGGCCUGUUUAAACUCUUUCCCUACCAGCACAGGUACCGGCUAUACGGGCAGUGGAAGAAUGAGACCUAUUCUGGCCAUCCUCUGUUGGUUAAAGUAAAAGCCCAGUCUGUGGAGAGGGCCAAAUACAUUAUGAAACGCUUGACCAAAGAGAACAUAAAGCAGUCUGGAAGGCAGAUCGGCAAACUGAGCCACAGCAAUCCCACCAUCCUCUUUGAUUACAUGUUGUCUCAGAUCCAGUGGUACGACAACCUCAUUGGACCGGUGGUGGACUCAUUAAAAUACCUCACGUCUCUCAACUACGACGUCCUGGCCUAUUGCAUCAUCGAAGCGCUGGCCAAUCCCGAGAAGGAGAAGAUGAAGCAUGACGACACUACCCUAUCCUCGUGGCUCCAGAGUCUGGCAAGUCUGUGUGGAGCCGUGUUCAGAAAAUACCCAAUUGAGUUGGCCGGCCUCCUGCAGUAUGUCACCAACCAGCUGAAAGCAGGGAAAAGCUUUGACCUGCUGAUCCUGAAGGAGGUGGUGCAGAAAAUGGCGGGCAUCGAGAUCACAGACGAAAUGACGUCAGAACAGCUGGAGGCCAUGACGGGAGGAGAGCAGCUCAAGGCAGAGGGAGGCUACUUCGGCCAGAUAAGGAACACGAAGAAAUCGUCUCAGCGCCUGAAGGACGCCCUGCUGGACCACGAACUGGCGCUGCCGCUGUGUUUGCUCAUGGCCCAGCAGCGGAACGGAGUAGUCUUCCUGGAGGGAGGAGAGAAGCAUCUUAAACUCGUGGGACACCUCUAUGACCAGUGUCACGACACGCUGCUGCAGUUCGGAGGCUUCUUAGCGUCCAACCUCAGCACGGAGGACUACAUUAAGCGGGUUCCCUCCAUCGACAUCCUCUGUAACCAGUUUCACACCCCGCACGACGCCGCCUUCUUCCUGUCGCGCCCCAUGUACGCGCAUCAGAUUUUGUCCAAAUACGACGAGCUGAAGAAAGCCGAGAAAGGCAACCGGCAGCAGCAGAAGGUGCACAAGUACGUGGCGGCGUGUGAGCAGGUGAUGACGCCGGUGCACGAGGCCGUGGUCUCCCUCCACCCGGCCCGGGUCUGGGACGACCUGCGGCCUCAGUUCUACGCCACCUUCUGGUCUCUCACCAUGUACGAUCUGGCCGUGCCGCACUCCGCCUACGACCGGGAGGUCAACAAGCUCAAGGUCCAGAUUUCGGCCAUCGAGGAGAACCCCGAGAUACCCAUAAAUAAGAAGAAGAAGGAGAAGGAACGUUGCACUGCCCUGCAGGAGAAACUACAGGAGGAGGAGAAGAAACAGAUGGAGCAUGUCCAAAGAGUUCUGCAUCGUCUCAAGUUGGAAAAGGACAGCUGGUUGUUGACCAAAUCCACGAAGAACGAGACCAUAACAAAGUUCCUGCAGCUGUGUCUGUUCCCUCGCUGCAUCUUCUCCUCCAUCGACGCCGUGUACUGCGCCCGCUUCGUCGAGCUGGUCCACCAGCAGAAAACGCCCAACUUCUGCACUCUCCUCUGCUACGACCGGGUCUUCUCCGCCAUCAUUUACACGGUGGCCAGCUGCACCGAGAACGAGUCUCACCGCUACGGCCGCUUCCUCUGCUGCAUGCUGGAGACGGUGACCCGGUGGCACAGCGACCGCGCCGUCUAUGAGAAGGAGUGCGUGAAUUACCCCGGCUUCCUGACCAUCUUCAGAGCCGCAGGCAUCGACGGCGGGAACAAAGCAGACCAGCUGGAUUAUGAGAACUUCCGACACGUGGUCCACAAAUGGCACUAUAUGCUGACUAAAGCUUCGGUCCACUGCUUGGAAACGGGAGAUUACACCCACAUCCGCAACAUUCUGAUCGUGCUCACCAAGAUCCUACCCUGCUACCCAAAGGUCCUGAACCUGGGCCAGGCGCUGGAGGCCCGCGUCCACAAGAUCUGCCUGGAAGAGAAGGAUAAGAGGCCAGACCUCUAUGCCUUAGCAAUGGGUUAUUCAGGUCGCUUGAAAAGCCAGAAGGUGCACAUGGUCCCCGAGAACGAGUUCCACCACAAGGACCAGCCGGCUCGCAGCGCCACACCGGCAAGUCAGCAGAACGGCCCGGGCAGCACCGGCAAGCCUGCCGCCAACGCCAGCAAGACCGAGGAGGGGGCGUCAGAAGAUGGAGAUCGGGGCAAGGAGAAAUCUCAGGGGACCACAAAGCCAGCAAACAAAGCCAACAGCACAUCAGGCAAAGUGACCACCAGCAAUGGCAACGGUGCUCUCAACAGCACCAAAGCCGUGAAAGAUGACAAAGAGAAGAGCGGCAAGGAGAAAAAAGAGAAGAAGGAAAAGACGCCAGGCAGCACUCCAGAGACAAAGGCCGAGAACCGCCGGGAGAAGCAGAGAGACGAAAGAGCGGGCAAGGAGGAGCGGGUGGUCCGCGAGGGUAAGGAGAAGACCCCGAAGGCGGACCGCGAGAAAGUCAAGCUGGAGGAGAAGAGCAGCAAAGACGACAAGGCCAAAGCCGGAAACGGGGAGCCGGCGGAGCCAGGCAGAGAGCGGGACGCCGUGAAGGAGUCCAAGAGCAAGGAGAAAGGAGAGAGGAAUGCCGCCACCCUCAAGUCACCAAAUCUGAGAUCGGAGGCCGCCGAAUCUGAGAGGGAUCACAAAAGACGAAAGCUCGACAGUCACUCCUCCCCGUCCCACUCCUCGUCGGUUAAGGACGGUAGCAACGAACUCAAGGACUCUGCAUCCAAGCAGCACCACAUCAACUUUAAUUCAGUUGCCCGGUCCAAGAGCAGAGAGAGGGAAGCGGAGAAGAAAGACACAGAGAACAUGCAAGGCCGAUCCAAAGAGAAGAAGGAGGAAAAGGAUCGGAAAGAAAGGAAACGAGAUCACACCGUCAACGACCGCGAGACGAGCCAAGAAUCCAAACGGAGGAAGGACGAGAACGGCACCAAUUCCUCCAAAAACAGCCAGAGCACAAGCCCUUCCUGUGACUCUCCUCUGUCGCCGGAAAAAGAGAAGAGCAAAAGAUCCAAAUCGUCGAGCAAGGAGAAGGCCGAGUCUGUGAAACCCGAGCGGACUUCCUCCGGAGGCAAGAAGGAGUCCAGACAUGACAAAGAAAAGUCUGAGAAGAAGGAGAAGAGGGACAGCGCUGCAGGGAAGGAAGAAAAAAAGCAAUAUCCUUAAAGAAGGACUUGAAAAUCUUACCAGUAAUCACUUUUUUUUUUUUGUUUACUUGUUUAUGUUUGACGAGUCUAGUCUCAGCUGGAUGCUUUUCUUUACUCCUGCAUCCCAAAGCUGCGCAGCCAUAGUUUUGCCCUCCGCUCCGUGUGCUGUGCGCGUCGCCGUAUCCGUGUCCUGAGUUCGCUUGAGUCGUUAAUCCCACGGUUGGUUUUUUUCUCCCUGCUCCCGUUACAAGAUUAUUUAUUGUGUUUUUACUCGGCCGUGUUCCUAAGACUCAGGUCCAACAAGUUUGUCGCCGUGUGGACGGCGAGGAACAAGAACUUGCUUUUAAACCGUUUUGAAGUGUCCAUUUGAGAAGAUCAAAGUUUGGUCCGUUUCCAGCCUGUGAAAUGAUGCUGAGUCGAACUUCCCGUGUGCUCUGUGAUCCUCUCGCACCGGAUCCCUCCACAGGGGGAAGGACGUUUGCUCUUUAUAGCAGUUAUUUGCCCACGCUCUUGACAUAAAUCUGUAUUUUUGACUGUUUUUUUUUUUUUUUUUUACAGAAGAUAAACUUUUAGGGGUUCUACAUCGCCGUGCACAGUAAUUACAUUUUCUUAGAUUUAAAUAAAAAAAGGAACCGUUCUGGAUCCUAACCGAGCGUCUUCUCUGGACAUUGACUGAGUACGUAUUUUUUUUUUUUUGACAAUCAGCGAUUCAGCAGUCCCACGUCCUUAAGAUAAUUCGGUUUCCCUUAACGGUCGCACUCAUAAAUCGUCUGACAAGCACAGAUAAUGUGCACUAAUCAGUGAAGGUAAGAAACCCGCUCAGCUUCUUUUUUUUUUUUUUCCAUCACCUCUAAAUCAGCCGUCUUGGAGUUGCCUGAAGUAUUUUUUUUAUUUUUUUUUCUUCCCCCUCCUUUCUCUGUGCCGCAGCAGAAAUGGAUAAGCUGUGCUUUUAUCUGCAAGACAUCCGCACCUCCAUCUGUACCACCCUGUUGGCUUUCAUUCUGAUUCCCAAUUGUGUUUUCCUCUUUUUUCCAGCUGUUGUUAGCUGUGGUUAAUUUACACAUCAAUUAUAUUAUUUUUCCUCUUUUUUUGGACAGUAAACUAGCUGAAUAAAUAUAUUUGACCCUCCUUUUUUAUAUAAAUAUAUAAAAUAGUUCAGUAUGGGCACACGGUGCUGCUGUAAUCACAGUGUUACUCUUACCAGAAAUGUGGUUAUUGUUUGAAAUGAUCUUUUGGUACCAAAUUGUCAUGGAUACAAUAACCUCCUCUUUGAAAAUGUUUUUUUUUUUUUUUUCCCUGUUUUGUACUUUGUCGGGCCUUGCUUUCUGCUUGUUUUAUUGGAUAUAACCUGCUUUUCCAUACUUACCUCAUAUUCUUUUGAGAUACUUAGAUCCUUUUUUUAUUUAUUUAUCUCCUCCUUUUAAUCCAAAUAGAACAGCAAGCAUAUGUAAUUAAAUAAUACCUAGGACCAGUUUGUAUAUUGUGUACAAUAAUAAAAAGUGUAACAUGAAUUUCGCAUCAUGAUAUUUCAUUUGUUUCCAUGUCCCAAACAAGUUCUUCUGUGAAUUUGUGUUAAUCAGGUUUUACAUAAUUUAUAAAACAAACAAACAAACAAAAAAAAAAUGUCGGUUCCACUUUGAUUCAGAUGUAGGAUUGUAAAAGAAGAUUUCUGACGCUCUGUGCUCCAAAUGCAACUGUUUCAAAAAUGACCUUUGGAGAUUUUAUCUGCUGUACUCAAUGAGUGUAUGUUUUGUUUUUUAAGAAAAAAAAAAAAAGAAACUCAAUAAAUAGUUUUCUUAGUGUCACUUUAA